AUGGUUCAUGGAGAAGAAAGAACAUUUAUUGUCAGGCAAAACAAGUUUUUAUUGUUAGUUACAAAUGAUAAUUUCAGAAGCGAGUUGAACAUGAGAAAACCAUUUAAAAUUUUUGAAAGAAAUCAGGAUCAAAAUCACUUUAACUUGUGCUUAUCAAAAUUGAAGAAUGAACAAACCCAUAAAUGGAAACUUAAUCUUAAACAAUCUUUUCUUUCUCUUAUCAUAUUUACAAUAACUCAUGUGAUUGAAUGGAAAUGUUUUGAAGAAGAUGAAAACAAAAAUAUGAAGCGUGUAAAUGAAUUAUCUACGUCAUAA